GAGUUCGUUGCCCUUCAGCCCGUUGCAAUCGUUGAUCACGUCUGUUCUGUGGACGAGGACACGCUGAAAUCGGUUGUUGGUGCCGAUGAAGUCGGUGGAAGCAGAAGGGUCCAACAAGAAGACAUCCAGCAACUCUUAGCUUCUGUUGGAGCCAAUUUUGAUCUGAACGCGUGUCUUGACGAUGGCAUUCAUUGUUAUGCAGGAGGUUCUGCUGCAAACACAACAAAGGCAGGCCUGGCAUCUGGGUGGGGAGUGCGAUGCCAGCUGGUUGGAGCUCGUGGGCAGGACGAGCAGGGCGCCAUUUUCGUCAGCAGCCUGAAGCGCUCAUCGGUGGAUGUAAGCAAGCUUCGUGUGGGGAAGGGAUCCACAGGCAUGCAACAUUCUCAACCUCCUAUCAAUGGCCAGCGCACCAUGCGCACGUGCCUCACCGGUGCGGAGCGGCUCUCCGCCGGUGACAUCUCAGCAGAGGACUUUGGAUCUGCUAAAUGGGUGUUCCUGUCUGGGUACAUCCUGUACAGGCAGGACCUGCUGCAGAGGGCUGUUGAGCUGGCGCUGAGUGUGGGUGCCAAGGUGGCACUGGACCUGGCCUCCUUCGAGGUGGUGCGCGAGUUCCGCGCUGACGUCGAGGCGCUGCUCCAGAGCGGCCGAAUCGAGUGCUGCUUCUGCAACGAGGAUGAAGCGGCGGAGCUGACGGGGGGACCGGAGGUGGGCAGCGCGGAGAAGGGGCUGGCAGUGCUGGCGGCGCACUGCAACGUGGCGGCAGUCACGCUGGGGGAGCGCGGCUGCCUGGUGCAGCAGCGCGGGGGCGUUGCCUUCAGCGAACCGGCCGCCAGCAACAUCAAGGUCGUCGACGCCACCGGAGCGGGGGACCAGUUUGCGGCCGGCUUUCUGUACGGGCUGAUGCGCGAGUAUCCGCUGAAGAAGUGCGCGCAGCUGGGCUGCCUGGCUGGGGGCGCGAUCGUGCAGGUGGUGGGCGCGGAGAUGACUCCGGCCUCCUGGCGCUGGCUC